AUGCUGCGCCGGCAGCUGAACCGCUUCUUCGCUGGGGAAGAAAAACGAUUUGGGACUCGGACAAUAGUGGUUGGCCACCACUUGGUUCCUCAUAUUGAAGCUUAUGUGCCCCAAAAGUUCUGCUCCAAUCAGAUCGUCUCCUCCAAGUAUACAGUCUGGAAUUUUCUUCCCAAGAAUCUCUUUGAACAGUUCCGAAGAAUUGCCAAUUUCUACUUUCUUAUCAUCUUCCUUGUCCAGGUGAUUGUGGACACACCAACCAGCCCCGUGACAAGUGGUCUCCCUCUCUUUUUUGUGAUUACUAUCACAGCUGUUAAACAGGGAUAUGAGGACUGGCUGCGGCACAGAGCGGACAAGGAAGUCAACAAAAGUGCAGUCUUUGUGAUUGAAAAUGGAGAAAGUGUGAAGAAGGAGUGUGAAAAGAUCAAGGUUGGUGACAUAUUAGAAGUGCCGGUAGAUGAAACCUUUCCUUGUGAUCUAGUUUUACUGGCCUCAACUAACAAGGAAGGGACCUGCUACGUCACGACUGCCAGUCUAGAUGGAGAAUCAAAUCACAAGACUCACUAUGCUGUGCAAGAUACAGCCAAGAUGAAUACAGUUGAAGACAUGAACCGUGUGGUUGCCACCAUAGAAUGUGAACAACCUCAGCCAGAUUUGUACAGAUUUGUGGGCAGAAUUAAUAUCUACACUGAUGAACCAGAGCCAUUAGCCAGGCCGUUGGGUCCUGAGAAUCUUUUGCUGAAAGGAGCAAAAUUGAAAACUACCCCAAAGAUUUAUGGUGUCGCUGUAUAUACUGGAAUGGAAACCAAGAUGGCAUUGAACUAUCAAGGGAAGUCUCAGAAACGCUCUGCGGUUGAAAAGUCAAUCAAUAUGUUCCUGUUGUUCUACUUAUGCCUGCUUGUGAGCAAGGCUAUCAUAUGCACUACUUUGAAAUACGUCUGGCAGAGUGUCCCAUAUCACGAUGAACCCUGGUACAAUCCCAAAACCCAAAGAGAGAGAGAAACAUUCAAGCUGCUAAAGAUGUUCACCGAUUUCCUGUCCUUCAUGGUCCUCUUCAACUUCAUUAUCCCAGUCUCCAUGUAUGUGACUGUCGAGAUGCAGAAAUUUCUGGGUUCCUUCUUCAUUACGUGGGACAAAGAGAUGUAUGAUGAAAAUAUCCAAGAAGGUGCGUUGGUGAACACCUCUGACCUCAAUGAAGAACUUGGACAGGUUGAAUAUGUGUUUUCUGAUAAAACGGGAACUUUGACGGAAAACACCAUGGAAUUCAUUGAAUGCAGCAUUGACGGCUUCCGAUACUGCGACUCCUUUUCAGAAGUGGAUGCCAAGAGGUCUACAGGAAAAGCAAACAAGAGUCAAGAAGAACUGUUCCUUCGAGGUUUGUGUGUCUGCCAUACGGUUCAAGUCCAGCAGAAAGAUGAAAUCGAUGCAGCGACAUUGCAGCCCAAAAAGACCCAAGUCUAUGUUGCAGCUUCUCCAGAUGAAGUGGCUUUGAUACAGGGGGCUCAGAAGUAUGGUUUCACUUUUCUAGGACAAGAAAAUAACUUCAUGAUGGUAGAAAAUUCCAAAAAGCAAAUUGAAAGAUACGAACUUCUGAACGUCCUUGAUUUUGACUGCGUCCGUCGCCGGAUGAGUGUUCUCGUGAAGAUGCCGGAUGGAAGAAUAUACUUGUUUUGCAAAGGAGCAGAUUCUUCGAUUUUCCCAAGGGUCCCCGAGGCUGAAGCACAAAAAACAAAAAUCCAUGUGGAACAGAAUGCAUUGGACGGCUAUCGGACUCUCUGCGUGGCCUACAAAGAAAUACCUCCCGCAGUCUACAAAGUUCUAGAGGCCCAGAUUAAGGAAGCCACCGUGGCCUUACACAACCGAGAAGCCAGGAUGGCCAAGGUCUUUGAUGAAAUUGAGAAGGACAUGCAUCUCAUCGGCUCCACUGCUGUAGAAGACAAACUCCAGGAUUUUGCAGCAGAAACCAUCGAAGCUCUUCACGCGGCAGGCAUGAAGAUCUGGGUGCUGACGGGGGACAAGCUGGAGACGGCCCAAGCCACCUGCUAUGCUUGUCGCCUCUUCCACACCAGCACAGAGCUCCUGCUGUUGACAGCGAAAACGGUGGAGGAAGGGGACAGGAAAAUGGAGCAGCUUCACGAAUUGCUGCUGGAGUAUCACAAAAAGUUGGUGACUGACGCGCCUCAAGGGAAGAAAAACUGGCUGUCCGGUUCUGACUAUGGGCUGGUCAUUGAUGGGGCCACCCUUUCCCUGAUCCUGAACCCUUCACAGGAUUCCAACUUCUCCCAUUACAAGAACAUCUUCCUUCAGAUUUGCCUGAAAUGCACCGCCAUCUUGUGCUGUCGGAUGGCCCCGUUGCAAAAGGCUCAGAUCGUCCGCAUGGUUAAGAAUUCCAAAGGCAGUCCCAUCACACUGUCUGUUGGAGACGGGGCCAAUGACGUCAGCAUGAUUUUGGAAGCUCACGUGGGCAUCGGUAUCAAGGGAAAAGAGGGACGCCAAGCCGCCCGGAACAGCGACUAUGCCAUCCCCAAGUUUAAACACUUGAAAAGACUGCUCUUGGCACACGGGCAUUUGUAUUAUGUCCGAAUCUCCCAUCUUGUACAGUAUUUCUUCUAUAAGAACCUUUGCUUCAUUUUCCCACAGUUUUUAUAUCAGUUUUUCUGCGGCUUUUCACAGCAGCCUCUCUAUGAUGCGGCUUACCUGACUAUGUUCAACAUCUGCUUCACCUCUCUGCCAAUUGUGGCCUACAGUCUCCUGGAACAGCACGUCCCUAUUGAUGUCUUGAUGACUUUCCCAAAGUUGUAUUUGAAUGUUUCUGACAACGCUAUGCUCCAGUUGAAGCCUUUCGUCUACUGGACCUUCCUGGGCCUUUUUGAUGGUUGCGUCUUUUUUUUUGGUGCUUACUUCCUUUUUCAAUCUGCCUCUAUAGAGGACAAUGGAAAGAUGGCAGGGCUCUGGACAUUUGGAACGAUGGUUUUCACUGUCUUGGUCUUUACAGUCACACUAAAGCUGGCAUUAGAUACUCGGUUCUGGACAUGGAUGAACCACUUUGUCAUCUGGGGGUCCUUGAUUUUCUAUGUCUUUUUCUCCUUCUUCUGGGGAGGCAUCAUUUGGCCUUUCUUGAAGCAGCAACGGAUGCAUCACGUUUUCGCCCAGCUGCUGUCCUUCGCCUCCUCCUGGCUGGCGAUCAUCUGCCUGAUCUUCGUUUCCCUCCUCCCCGAGGUCAUCGGCCUCGUCUUUAGACACCUGAAAAGGAAAAGCAGCGAGAGAAGACCCCGCAGAAAAAUUGCAAGGGAUUCAGCACCAGAGAGACCAUCGGUCAGGCCUCUGCUUUUAAGGGCGUUCUCAGAAACAUCUAAUAUGUCGUAACAGCCCGACCCUUCGGAGUUGC